AUGUCUACGCCAACGCAGAUGAACUCGCUUUCAGAUUCGGAGCCAUCAGAAAACGACGAAGAGUACCCCGAGCCAUCUCCCGAAUCAAACAUCAAAGACUGCUGCUACAAGAAAUGGGGGUUUGUUGUUUAUCGCACAACUUACAAUAACUCUUCGGACCAACCUUGGGCGAAGUUCAAGGAACACGUGGUGAACAACCUGAGCAAGUCUGUUCUCGAGUCCGAUGCUCCGGAAAUCAUCGAUAACAUGGACAUUAUCUUUGUGGAUGACCCCACCCUCGAAGGAGUUUCUGUCAGUGACCUGCAGCGUCGCUUCAGAGCUUGGGUCCAAAAAGAGGACAUGGGGCCUUUUGAGACGGACGAGAGUGGCGGCAGUGAAAGGCACUACGUGCCACGAGGCGCGAGGCAUGAGUUCUUUAUCCUAGUUGACGACGUUGGUCUCCACUCCUCAUUUGUUAGUCUUGUUCGCGGCUUCCCACAUGAUCCUACUGAGGAAGGUCGCGAACAUCUCAAGAUCUGGCAUCACGCUAUUGGGACCGAACUAUACGAUGAGUUGGGCGACCCAAAUGCUGCUUGGACUGGGCGCUACUACAGGUACCUACCGAGACACCUAGUUGCUCAAGGUUAUUAG